AUGGCGGACUUAGCUGAGCACAUCAGCAAGCAUACCUUGAUUGUCGAUUAUGUGGAACUGGACUGGGAGCACUUUAAACACCGAUACGGCGAGAACGAGGGUCUCCACAUCAUCGAAGCUCUAACAAAGGGAAGCGAUCAACGGCGGCCCAUACGUCGGUCCAAACUCACCUCGACUGCAGCCACAUGGAUCCAGCGCAUUCGAAUACAGUCUGCUCCUAUCCUUUCUCACCUCUGUCAUGCAGCUGGGGAGGAUGACAAAUGGACAUUUGAUCAGCCUUACACCUUCAUCAGACCUUUCAAUGCCCUGGCAUACCUUCAACCAAGGAUGAAAAUUGCGCUAGAAAGGCUGGAAAAGAAGUGGAACGGCAUUGAGAUAUCAGAUAUCCAGGACGCCCAAGGGCAGCAGGAUGACACUCAGUUACAUGGUGGUGCCGAGGCGAGCCUGAAGAGCCAAAGCGACUCCAGGGACGAGGAUACGCCGAGCGAAGACCCGAAUGACGAAGACGAGCCCUUCCCAUAUCUGGGCAUGGACGACUUGACCGCGUUGAGGCACAUGCGAUGCUACGUCAAAUUCAUCGACGACCAUGUCAUGCCGUUGUGCGGUUGGUUCAAAGGCACUUCUCGCAGAAAAGUUCAAUUCAACGACCUGCCGCUUCUGUUCAGACCGGGCGAGAUUGUUUAUUGGCCGCCCGCGGGAUCCGUCAUGAGUGUGCCUUAUCCAUUGUACCAGCCGGUGUGGAGGGUGUUCCACGCUGCGAGAACACGUUUCGGGGGCCACAAUAUCGACAAUAUUGAUCUUACAUCGGACGACGAGUUUCGUGUUUAUUGCUACUAUAUCGAUCACGACGGUGGUUCGUACGGAGUUAUGAAGGGCCAGUUUACAAUCCCUUGCUUUAAGGGCGAGAAGGACAUUACAGAUCUCCAGGCCUACCCGAUCCGUUACGCCGACGGCGCGGCGAAACUCGGGAAUGAACUCAAGCUCCAAGGACAGAGGUUCCAGUCCUUCAUGAAGGUGUCUCACGCGUAUUAUGAAGGGUGGGCAGUCCCCGGUGAGCUGCAGGAGAAGAACCUUGAUGAGACGGUUGAGACCCGGAAAUACCACCGCGUCAUACAGCAUGACCUAGACGCAAAGCCUAGUUCUCCGGAACACGUCGAGAGCGCUGUGAUCAUUGACGUGGAGGAGGCAUUCAAGCAUCACCCACGGUGGAAGCCAAGGUUCAUGGUCCCUCGCGAGUUUGAUGUACGCUGGGAAUGGACAGACGACGAUUACAAAAUCGUCCAUUGGUCCGACAAAAAUAGGAAAGAGGUUUUCCUCGAGUUCAAGGAGCAUGUUUUGGUUAUCGACAGCUCUUUUGCACAAUGGGCCAACGACUACAUGACAAACGAUGAGCCCAUCACCGCAUCACUUGAGGGCAGGCUCAAGGAAGUGGGCGAUGAGGACGUCAUGCUGCUUCCUCGCCGUCUGGUCGCGUACGCACUUCGAGACCGGAAGUUUGUCGUCAUCGAUGUCAACUCUCUCCGAAGCCUCGAGAGGCAGCCGGACAUCUUCAAGGACCUGAAGAUUAAGCCCAGCAACAAGCGCAUGUUGCAGGCUCUGGUGAAGGCCCACUUCGACAAGCGCAAAAUGCAGAAGGAAAGCCCUCUCCCGUUGCCUAGCCAGGACAUAACGGCCACUGCUGAAGCUAUCGCCCAGUCGAACAACAAACCGCUGUUCUCCAUCACAUGUGGAAAUCUUGGCAUUACUCCCGAAAAGGUUGAAGCCGAGCUUAAGGAGGUAUUCCGACUAACACAUCUUUGGGAUUGUGUGUUGUUGCUUGACGAAGCCGACGUUUUCCUGGCCCGACGAGAUAUAACCAGUUUAAAGCGCAAUGCCCUUGUCUCUAUGUUUCUGCGAGUCACAGAAUACUACAGCGGCAUACUCUUUCUCACAACCAACAGAGUCGGAGCCAUUGACGAAGCCUUCAAGUCCCGCAUCCAUCUGAGCUUAUACUACCCGAGGUUGCGCAAGAGUCAGAUAUUGGGCAUUUUCAAAGUCAACCUGAGGAGACUCAGAGACAUCGAGAAAGAAAGAGCAGAGAGACUCGGAAAUAUCCGGGACGACGAAAUCCUAAAGUUUGCGGAGAUGCACUGGGAGACAACAGAACGAGGCUCUAGGUGGAACGGGAGACAAAUCCGAAACGCGUUCCAGGUUGCAUCAUCCCUAGCACGGUACGACACGCCCAUGGCCUCGAUGAAGGACGGGGGCGACAACAAAUCCAAAGAUUCGCCCCCGGUGAUGGACCACAGACAGUUCGAGCUUGUUGCGGAUUCAAUUGAGCGCUUCGACAAGUAUUACGAGCGUGCACGAGGGGAGUCAGACGAAGUUGCCGCUCAGCUGGACGGACUCCGUGAUGAUGCAGUCCGCGACGAGGACCUGGCGCCAUCGCGAUCUCGGUAUCACUGGCCCGAGAAGGGCUCCUCCAGCCGCAAGAAGGCAAACUCUAGAAAGACCUCAGCGAGAGAUGGCACUCGGACAUCGAAGAGCAGGGCAGCGGGCAAGGGACGCGGCUCCGAAGACCAAGAGAAGGAAACUGGUAGCAGCCGGGUCAAACCGAAGGGGAAGAAGUCUGCCAAGGAACGCUCGUCGAGAAAGGAAACAUCGUCGUCGCACCGGAAGGCGUCCGGAGCCCCGCAAACGAAGGAUCGGAAGGGUUCCCCAAAGCGUGGGUCUCGACGCGGGCACAAGCAGCGGGAUGAAUCGGACGACGACGACGACGACGACGACGACGAUGACGAUGACUACGAGGUGGACCACUCCGAGUCGGAUGAAGAUGAGGAGACGGAGAGCGAGUCUGACGACGGGGCCAUAAGCGAGAAUUCUUCCGACACGGACGAGGAUGAAGAUGAGGAUGAUUGA